CCGCGCAGACGUCGAAGGCGGCCGAAUGGAGGAGGUGCCUCAGGGCUGUCCCGGGACCAGCAGCGCCCAGGCGGGCCGAGGGGCCUCAUGUCAGGGCUGCCCCAACCAGCGGCUCUGCGCUUCCGGAGCCGGCGCGGCUCCCGACCCAGCCAUAGAAGAAAUCAAAGAAAAAAUGAAGACCGUGAAACACAAGAUCUUGGUGUUAUCUGGGAAAGGUGGUGUUGGAAAAAGCACAUUCAGUGCCCACCUUGCCCACGGCCUAGCAGAGGAUGAAAACACGCAGGUUGCUCUUCUGGACAUUGAUAUAUGUGGGCCAUCAAUUCCCAAGAUAAUGGGCUUGGAAGGAGAACAGGUUCACCAGAGCGGCUCAGGCUGGUCUCCAGUGUUCGUGGAAGACAAUCUGGGGGUGAUGUCGGUUGGUUUCUUGCUCAGCAGUCCUGAUGAUGCCGUUAUCUGGAGGGGACCAAAGAAAAAUGGCAUGAUCAAGCAGUUCCUUCGUGACGUGGACUGGGGAGAGGUUGACUACCUCAUUGUGGACACUCCUCCUGGGACAUCGGAUGAACAUCUCUCGGCUGUCCAGUACCUGUCGUCGACACACAUCGAUGGGGCGGUGAUCAUCACCACUCCCCAGGAGGUAUCCCUCCAAGAUGUCCGGAAAGAAAUCAACUUCUGCCACAAGGUGAAACUGCCCAUCAUCGGAGUGGUGGAGAACAUGAGUGGCUUCAUCUGCCCCAAGUGCAAGAAGGAAUCUCAGAUAUUCCCACCAACGACAGGGGGUGCAGAAGUCAUGUGCCAGAAUCUGAAGAUCCCGCUCCUCGGAAAAGUGCCUCUGGAUCCACACAUAGGUAAGAGUUGCGAUAAAGGACAGUCUUUUCUGAUUGACGCUCCGGAUUCCCCAGCCACUUUAGCCUACAGAAGUAUCAUUCAAAGAAUCCAGGAGUUCUGUGGUCGCCAUCUGCCAGAAGAAGGGCACCUCAUCAGUUCCUGAAACAUGAGAGUGUUCAGGACACGAGCUGACCCCGCAGCCUGGCCCAAGCAGCCUGGGGACAUGGGCAGAAAGGGACCAGACGCUGGUAGGGCGUGAAGUCAUUUAAUCAGAGACGCUUUAAUUGUCAUAUUCAUACACUGUCAGCAUACAUAAAGGCAUUCUUUACCAA